AGCUCUGACUGAAGGCUACGUUGGCUCGUUGCAUGAAAACAGACAUGGUAGUUCUGUGCAAAUACGGCGGCGUAAGGCCUCGGGGGACCCUUACUGGGCAUACUCAGGUACAUAUGGUCCUGAGCACUGGGUUACUUCAAGUGUGGAUUGUGGAGGCACUCACCAGUCUCCAAUAGACAUUGUAGACCAUCAGGCACGUGUGGGAGAAGAGUAUCAAGAAUUACAGCUUGAUGGUUUCGACAGUGAAUCCUCUAACAAGACAUGGAUGAAAAACACUGGGAAAACUGUUGCCAUCCUUCUGAAGGACGACUAUUUCAUCAGCGGUGCCGGGCUGCCAGGGAGAUUCAAAGCUGAGAAAGUGGAAUUUCACUGGGGGCAGAGCAAUGGAUCCGCCGGCUCGGAGCACAGCAUCAACGGCAAGAGGUUCCCUGUGGAGAUGCAGAUUUACUUCUACAAUCCUGAUGACUUUGACAGUUUUGGAGCAGCAAUUUUAGAAAACCGGAUAAUAGGAGCCAUGGCUGUGUUUUUUCAAGUCGGUCAGAGGGACAAUCCAGCACUGGAUCCUAUUAUCCAUGGGUUGAAGGGUGUCGUACAUCAUGAGAAAGAGACCUUUCUGGAUCCCUUUGUGCUGAGAGACCUUCUGCCCACAUCAUUGGGGAGUUAUUAUCGGUAUACAGGUUCUCUGACAACUCCACCAUGUAGCGAGAUUGUGGAAUGGAUAGUUUUUCGCAGGCCUGUUUCCAUUUCUUAUCACCAGCUGGAGGCGUUUUAUUCCAUCUUUACCACAGAACAGCAAGAUCACGUCAAGUCUGUGGAGUAUCUGAGGAAUAACUUUCGACCGCAGCAGCGUCUGAAUGACAGGGUGGUGUCCAAGUCUGCUGUGAAAGACGCUUGGAGCCAUGACGUGAUGGACAUCCUAGAAAAUCCAUUUGGCACAGAGGCUUCCAAAGUUUGCAGCACUCCCCCAGUCAACAUGAAAGUGCAGCCUGUGAACAGAACAGCUUUGCUCGUAACCUGGAACCAACCCGAGAUCAUCUACCACCCUCCCAUUAUGAACUACAUGAUCUCCUACAGCUGGACUAAAAAUGAAGACGAAAAAGAGAAAACUUUCACCAAGGACAGUGACAAGGACCUGAAAGCCAUCAUUAGCCAUGUCUCACCUGACAUCCUUUAUCUGUUCAGAGUUCAAGCAGUUUGCCGAAAUGACAUGCGUAGUGACUUUAGCCAGACAAUGCUUUUUCAAGCUAACACAACUCGAAUAUUCGAGGGGACCAGAAUUGUUAAAACAGGAGUGAAUAAUGGUCAGACUGGAGUGUUUGGAAAGAAAAAGAAAACAAAAGGAAAAAAGAGCCGAGGUAGCAUAUCAGGUACCCCUACUGACGCUCUCUCUGGUGUGUUUUCUUCCCUUGUCCCUUCUGGUGGUCACUUCAAGCCUACAGCUUCUCCUGCUUCUUCUGCUGACAUGGCUCCCAUCAGUUCUGGAUCUUCUACUUGGACUUCUUCUGGCCUUCCUUUCUCCUUUGUUUCCAUGGCAACUGGAAUGGGGCCUUCCUCCAGUGGCAGCCAAGCAACAGUGGCCUCCGUGGUGACCAGCACAUUGCUUGCCGGCCUUGGGUUUAGUGGUGGUGGUAUUUCCUCCUUUCCUAGCACUGUGUGGCCGACCCGUCUUCCUACUGCUGCUUCCACCAGCAAACAGUCGGUCAGGCCGGUGCUCACUACUCCUGAGGCUUUAUCUUCUCCAGGACCGGACAGUGAUUCCGCUCCGACGAAAGACAAUGAGGGAGCGGAGGAAGGAGAGAAGGAUGAGAAGAGCGAAAGCGAGGAUGGCGAAAGGGAGCACGAAGAAGAGGGGGAGAAAGAUUCGGAAAAGAAAGAGAAGAGCGCAGUGACGGAGGCCGCUGAGGUACAAAAUGACACGGAGCCCACGCUAACGACCAUUCCCCCUAACAGAACUGUGGAGGAGGAAGGAAAUAGAACCAUACCUGCUCAAGAGGAAACCCAAAACGUUUCCUCCACAGCUCAGAGUUCUGACGAAGAGAGGAUUACUGAACCAGACACUCAGCCCCAACCUGUCCCCUCCACCCAAGCACCACCAGCAUUCACAAAGGAACAGUACGUCGAGAAAAUCCCAAAGGGACCAGAGACAACAUCAAGAAAAGCUUUUCCUGGUGACCGCAGGUUUCCAGAGGAAAAUCCAUCAGAUAACAGAUUCAUCACCAUUAACCCCGACAAGAAUAGCUCCAGUAUGGCCACCAGACCUUCUCCUGGCAAAAUGGAGUGGAUCAUCCCCUUGAUUGUGGUGUCAGCCCUGACCUUUGUGUGCCUCAUUCUUCUUAUUGCCGUGCUGGUUUACUGGAGAGAAUGUAACAAAAUAAAGUCCAAGGGCUUACCCCGACGUUUCCGUGAAGCGCCAUCUUCUGGGGAGAGAACAGAGAAGGGGAGCAGAAAGUGUUUUCAGACGGCUCAUUUCUAUGUGGAGGACAGCAGCUCGCCUCGAGUGGUCCCUAAUGAGAGUAUUCCCAUUAUACCUAUCCCAGAUGACAUGGAAGCCAUUCCUGUCAAACAGUUUGUUAAACACAUCAGUGAGCUCUAUUCUAAUAACCAACAUGGCUUCUCAGAAGACUUUGAGGAAGUGCAACGCUGUACAGCCGACAUGAACAUCACCGCAGAACAUUCCAAUCACCCCGAUAACAAGCACAAAAACAGAUACAUCAACAUUUUAGCAUAUGAUCACAGUAGAGUGAAACUAAGGCCUUCACCAGGAAAAGAUUCUAAGCACAGCGACUAUAUUAAUGCUAACUAUGUUGAUGGGUACAACAAAGCAAAAGCCUACAUUGCUACCCAGGGACCGUUAAAGUCUACCUUUGAAGAUUUCUGGAGAAUGAUUUGGGAACAAAAUACUGCAAUCAUUAUCAUGAUUACAAACCUUGUGGAAAAAGGAAGAAGAAAAUGUGAUCAGUACUGGCCAACUGAGAAUAGUGAGGAAUACGGCAACAUUAUAGUCACACUGAAGAGCACAAAAAUACAUGCCUGCUACACCGUCCGCCGUUUCACAGUCAGAAAUACAAAAAUGAAAAAGGGUCAGAAGGGGAACCCCAAAGGGCGGCAGAACGAGAGAACGGUUAUUCAGUAUCACUACACGCAAUGGCCUGACAUGGGCGUGCCGGAAUACGCUCUGCCUGUGCUAACCUUUGUGAGGAGAUCGUCAGCCGCCAGGACCCCAGAAAUGGGACCCGUGCUUGUACACUGCAGUGCUGGUGUGGGCAGAACUGGUACCUACAUUGUGAUAGACAGCAUGCUGCAACAGAUAAAAGACAAAAGCACAGUUAACGUCCUAGGUUUCCUGAAACACAUCAGGACACAGCGCAACUACCUCGUUCAGACAGAGGAGCAGUACAUUUUUAUUCAUGAUGCCUUGUUGGAAGCCAUCCUUGGGAAGGAGACAGAAGUAUCUGCCAACCAGCUGCAUAGUUAUGUUAACAGCAUUCUCAUACCUGGAAUAGGGGGAAAGACACGACUAGAGAAACAAUUCAAGCUGGUCACACAGUGUAACGCAAAGUAUGUGGAAUGCUUCAGCGCUCAAAAAGACUGCAACAAAGAGAAGAACAGAAACUCAUCAGUUGUGCCAUCUGAACGUGCUAGGGUGGGUCUCGCACCACUGCCUGGAAUGAAGGGAACUGAUUACAUUAAUGCCUCUUAUAUCAUGGGUUACUUCAGGAGCAAUGAGUUCAUCAUAACCCAGCAUCCUCUUCCACACACAACUAAAGACUUUUGGCGGAUGAUCUGGGAUCACAAUGCGCAGAUCAUUGUCAUGCUGCCAGACAACCAGAGCUUGGCAGAAGAUGAGUUUGUGUACUGGCCAAGUCGCGAGGAAUCCAUGAACUGUGAGACUUUUACCGUGACCCUUAUCAGCAGAGACAGACUGUGCCUCUCUAACGAAGAGCAAAUUAUCAUCCAUGAUUUCAUCCUUGAAGCUACCCAGGAUGACUACGUUCUGGAAGUACGCCACUUUCAGUGUCCCAAAUGGCCAAACCCAGAUGCCCCCAUAAGCAGCACCUUUGAACUUAUCAAUGUAAUCAAGGAAGAGGCCUUAACAAGGGAUGGCCCCACCAUUGUUCACGAUGAGUAUGGAGCUGUGUCAGCCGGAACGCUGUGUGCCCUGACCACCCUGUCCCAGCAGCUGGAGAACGAAAAUGCUGUUGAUGUUUUCCAAGUGGCAAAGAUGAUCAAUCUUAUGCGGCCUGGAGUAUUUACGGACAUUGAACAGUACCAGUUUCUUUAUAAGGCAAUGCUAAGCUUGGUGAGCACUAAGGAAAAUGGAAAUGGUCCCAUGACACUGGACAAAAAUGGAGCUGUGAUGGCCAAUGAUGAACCAGAUCCUGCAGAAAGCAUGGAGUCUCUUGUCUAAUUGGAAUCUUGAAAAGGCACUUAAUUUGUAGAACUUCUGAAGACUGCGUGAACUUUUUUGAGGCCUUUUUUUGCCAGACUCUAGGUUAUACAAUAACCCAAUUACUUUUUUACACUGAUAAAAGUUUUGAUAUUUAUUUUUUGCCAUUUUAUGUCUUAAUGGUAUCCUACUGAGCAUUUGCACCUCUGUUUAUUUCACACAGUGAACCGCAAUUUUACCUAGUUUGCACUAUCUGAUCAGUGUUACUGCCUCUAAUUCUCUAACACAAAAGCAAGCCCUGAUGUGACAUUCCAUGACAACAAACAUGCUACUUUUUAGUUUAAAUGCAGUGAAGUUUUGUUAAUGAUAGUGGCCCUUGAAUCUUAAAUCCUGAAUGCUAGACCAGAUGGAUUCUUUCUACAAAAAAUACUGCACCCCUUCAGACACCUAAUGUUUAUUGCUUUCAUUUUAAUUGUUGUAGGUUUUCUGUAUUCCAGUUCAUUGGAUAAGCAAUAGUCAUCUUUUCUUGAUACAAUGUGGCAGGUGAUUACUAGCAACGGUGAAGGUAUAAUAGCCUCACAGAGCUGAAACAAUUGCUUUUGUAUUGUUUCAGAUUCUGCUUUUGUAUAUUUUGAGGCCUAAGCAUUGCUUUCCGUAGAACAUAUAAAAUUACAUUAAAAAAAUGCACAGAACAACUCAGACCUGCGACAUGGUCACACUACAUCUUCAAAGUUUCCCCAAUUAUUCAGAGUAAAAAUGUCAGUUUUAGGUUUUAAAACCGCCAUAUGGGAAAGUGUUUUAUUUUUCAUUUUCAUCAUAGCAAAUUCAACGAAAACUGUGCUACAAUCUAAAAAAGGUCUGUUUUCAGAUACACAAAGGUAACAAUAUUUUACAUUACUAAACAAUUCAAUAUUUUAAACACAUUAAUUUCCUUACUAUUUCUUGAACAGGACCUCACACCUACUGGUAUGUCACAUGGCGAAGACAGACGUUUCUUAAUUUCAUAACUGUUAGAUGCCAUUUUUACAGGUGUGUAAUUUUCAUAUUUUAGUGCUAAAACAUAAAGUACUGAUCCAUAUUUACUGGUGAAGCAAACUAAUAAAAAUAACUACCUAUAAA